AUGGCUCUCAGGGUCAGAGUCCCCCUUGAAUGGAGUGAUGGAUGGCGUUGUAAACCGCUUCGGCGGCGGAGCUCGUUCCACCUCGUCAAUAAAGGGAGAGCGGUCAACUCGAUCAAUUUCCUUGCACAGGGCCUCCUCCGUGCUUCCUUUGAGUCGGAGACCUCGGAGUUGGUCAUUUACCAGCUUUGCGACAUCCUCUGCUCGCAGGGUUGGAGUCUCGAGCCGACGUCUUCGGUGCCUCAAGCGCGACUGGCUAGCUUCUUCCUCGGUUCCCAAGGGUCGAUCCCCAUGGGUGCUCUGCCCGUGAGGCAGAUUAGGAGAUUGAGUUUGUGA